GCGUCGACUCGCAGGAGCCAGUAAGAUGGUACGGAAGGCUCCUCCGCAACCAUUCUGGCUCAAGCCGCACAUUUGGGCUCCGGUCACAAGGUGCCGCUUCAUCGAUCAUUCUGGCUGCCAGCCAGUCGCGCUGGCUGUUUACGAUGGAAAGGCGACUAUUUUCGAUCCAAGCGGUCGUGGAGGACUACGUCUCAAGCGUCGCGCCCAGUUCGUCGGCCUUUGGUUUUGUUACCUUGGUGCCAUGGAGCUCGCAGGAUCAGCCUGCCAACGUGCUGGCCCCCGAGGCAGGCAAGAGAGAGAUAAGCCAGGGCAACAUCACCCAGAUGGUGAAGCAGCACGAGGCCGUGGUGAUCCCGUCCGUGUACAAGACAAUUCGGGAGAAGAGGGGCCUGACGCGUCUCUUGGGCUAUCUGACGGCCGUGCACCCUGACGCGGUCGUUUUCUUGGUGCAGCUGCCAGAUCGGUUGGGUACCGAGCUGACCAAGGUCUACCUCAGUACCUUGAUGGCGCGGCAGGAUCCGCUCUACAGCUUUGGAGCGAGCGGCGUGCUGAUGGAGCUGGAGGGUGACCCAGAGGGUUUGCAGCAGAAGGUACGUCUGGAGCUUGCUCAGAACACCGCGAUUCAGCUGCGUGUGCAAUGCUACGAGAGCACCCUGAACGCGGGAGUAAUUUCUCCCAGCAAGCUCCAGACCAUCGAGGACGAACACGAUCGUGUUCUCUGGGAGGCCAUCCCGAAGCUGCUAAUGCCCGGUUUCCCUGCUCUAGACAAGCACUUGCUGGAGCUUGGGGACAGGGUUGGAGAGUUCUGCUUGGUGCAGCAGUACGCAAAUCAUCAGCACGUCUUGUUGGCUGUUAACGAGCAGCACGAGAAUGUUGUGAUCAAGAUGCGCAACAAGCGCAGCGUCACCACUGCCGAGGAGGUGGAGAGCAUUUACCAGGAGUUCAACCUCCUGACGCACACCCUCGACCACCCACACAUCAUCCGCUGCGUAAGCAUGCUGCACAGCCAGUCUCAUGUGCACCUGGUGCUUCAGUAUGGCGGCGACUUUUGCAUGGAGCAGGUGCUGUCGACUCAACCAGGCCGCCAUUUGUCCAGGGACGACGCCGCGGACUGCACCACCCAGAUCGCGAGUGCUCUGUCCCAUUGCCACGCCAAUGAUGUUACUCACGGGCAGGUGUCGCUGAGGCACGUUUCCGUAGAGAUGGCGAGGAAUCGGCUAGUUUGUCGCCUGGUGGACUUCAGCAUGGCAGCCCACGUUCCUGACUCCAGCACGCGGGAGACCAUGUGCGGUUCUCUUCCGUGCGUCGCUCCGGAGACAGCGCUGGGGGAGCCGUACCGGCCCAAGCCGGCAGACUGUUGGAGCCUAGGGGUGGUGCUUCUGGAGACCGCUUGCGGGCAAGGCUCGCUCGAGCUCUCGGUGCCAUGGCGCCGUUUCGCACACCUCGCGCAGGCCAUGCGGGAGAUACUCGGAUUCUUCGCCCAAGCCGGCUCCCAUGCCCAGGCGAUGGCGAGCAUGGACGGCGUGCACGACGGAGCGGCGUUGGCGUGCCUGGAGGCGCUGCUGAGGCCCGAGCCCCUCCGCAGGGCGAGCGCCUCCGACGCGGUAGACUUGCUGUCAGCCAGGCGCGUGAAGGCCGCUCGUUAGUGGGUGGUUGCGCCCACUCGUGGGAGAUGGUAAGGUGUCCCUCGAAGAAACAGGGCGCAUUUGCAUCCAUCUGCAUACGCUUUUUCACGAAUACUAGCUCUUUCGAGCUCCAGGCAGACUAGGCACUUUCGCCCGAAUUUUUCAAGCACUACACGUUGCGGUGUUCGCAGGUGUUCGUGCUUCGGCGUUUGUCUGAGCGUCUUCAUGGAGAGACUCCGUCACAGUUUCUUCGUCCCUCUUCUUUUUAACUGCAUCCAUUGCUCCAGACGUCUGGGUGGACAACGUGUCUACAUCUCUCGAUGUCGAUGACACACUUGUUUUCGACUUGCGAGGUAUUGUCGACGCUGAUGUUAUGAUUCCAGUUUUUUAAGGCAAAGGCAUCCAGUAUACUAACUCGCUGACUCCCAUAUGAGAUUACGUUUUGCAGCACUCCUCAUCACCUUUGGUCGCAAUGGCAAUCAGGAGGGUCAGCUUCGAUCAAGUCGAUGCUAUUUGAUCCAGCCCAGCCAAUUAGCAGCCACUUUUUUAUUUCGCGCGCCUCUGCGCUUGGCGAUUUUGCAGGCGUUCUGUCUGUCCCCCCCCCAAGCCCUCUCUGAGUGCAUGCCCAUGGUAGGAAUUGUGAGAAGCACCAGGGGGAGGGUAGCAAAUACACUCCUCAGGUGGAUGACAUAAGAGAGCACAAAUCACCCUGAGAGGCAAGCUGCUCAGAGAAAAAUUUGGGCCGAUCGUCGCGAGCCGUCGAGCCCAGGGCAUGCUGCCGACACCUCGGGGACACCGAGCGACGGCUGCGCGCCCCGGUUCGUGACCGACGGGCCAACGCCUCCUUCCCGGACUCCCCCCUCCCACCUGCCACCUUCUCACCGCAGCCAGCGCCGCCCUGCAGCGAGGGGCCACUCCCGCCGAUGCGGCGCCGACGGGCGCCUGCCAAGUCGUGGGCUGCACAUGGAACGUUGACGGCAGAGCGUGCCGCCACCGGGGCGCGACCACGACGGAGGCGUGAGCCAGGGCACUGCCACUGAGCCCGUUGGCUCACUCGGCCCCCGAUCCCAAGGCUGGGUGGAGGACGAGG